CGCGACUAGGUGCAUCCUCGUCCUCACCCAGACGUGCCGUGCAGCGCAUCGUUCUGCUUUGCUUCGUUUUGCUGUUUCGUUUUAGUUUUGCUUUUUCUGCGCCUCAGUGCUGCGCCUGCUGGUUGCCAGUUAAGGUUUGGCGCAGGCACUUAAGGUUCGCAUUAUCCCUGAUGCGGCAUUAGCGUCGCCACAGCGGCAAUAUUAUUUCUCCGGCUGUGCAGUCUUAUAUAAGCACUCCAUGGUGCGUCCCAUGGAUCUCGCGCUCUGCAGCCAGCUCGUCCGCGCAUCACCAACUCUCGCGCAGCUGGACAAGGGGCUGUACAGGGGUGGCGGAUCUCCGUCACUCGGUUGACCGUGCUCGCAACGUGCAUAUAUCUCGGUUUUGACGGCCGCAAGGCACAUCCAAUCCACCAUUUCUUCCCAAUUUGCAUCUUAGCACCUGGUGGUCCUUCGAGGGCAAGAAAACAAAAAGAAAAUUAACCACCCCCCUUUUUAAAUUAACCACCACCACCAGCCUUCUCAUCGUCAUCGUCAUGGAAAAAUACCUUGCACGGGCAAAAGAAUGAUGCACAUCUUGUGUGGGAAAUAAUAGCUCCAGCUGUACUCCGUACCCCGCUAGCAUUUUAGUAUUUUCGUUUUCUUUUCCAUUGUUUCCCCCCUUCUUCACUCGCAAACAUGAAUGUCACCAACUCCCGAUCGAGUCAGUCCUCCUAUCAGGACCCUCGAUACUUCUCACCUUCGGCUCCAGUACUGCCACCUCCUUCGCCAAAGGCUCUGGUUGAUGGAUAUAGAAAUGUCCUAGACUCGAACGAAGAUGAGAACCCAAGAUACAAUCCUCUCAAUUACUCGCACCCACGAAGCUCUGUUCUACUCAAUGCCAACGAUCCCGUCGCAAUGCAUCUACUUGCGGAAAUAGCUAUAACUGACAGUAUGCACUUCGAGGUGCUAUCCUUCGAAGAGGUGGAAGAGUUGAAAAAGGAAUUGCUCCUCCUGUCGAAUCGCAUCGAGGCCUCAAAGCGGAAAUUGACCUUGGAGCUAAAAUUGCAGGAGGCCGCUCUCUCUCUAGGUAGACUGUAUGAUUCAAAGGGCGGGAGAAGAGACAGCUCGGACACAAGCCCAGAGUCUUCGCCCAAGUCGCACCGUAGACGAAUAACGCUGUUCGGCCGCCAUAGCUUCCAACACAAGUCCGAAGAAGAAUUUGCCCUCAGUGCGCGUCGAUGUGAAGAUGUCGCUCAGGAACUUUGGAAGCUGGAAAGGAGGGCUAGUGAGAUCCGAAGGAGAAUACUAGAGCAUACCGCCGGGGUCCUACAAAUGACGCACAAAGGUCUUAAGAAAAAAGGUGCAACUCGCGUGGAAAGGAACGGCGAUAUCGUUGAGUUCGAUGAGCGCAGCCUCUACAGGACCCCCGAAUAUCUGGACGAUUUUAACGUGGGCCACACUCGACGUGACCUUCCCACCAUGAUCGCCGGCGAACGAAAUUCCGUGAGUCUAGUCGCACUGCACGAAACCAAAAGAAGAUUAGAUGAUCUGAACUUUCGUCUACGGGAGAUGAUAAUGCAAGCAAAUCCGAACCAGGACAUUGAUCCUCUUUUCCAGGGUAAUGCCACCGGAACGCCCGCGGAUCCGGUGAUCGCCGUACAAACCAGUCUAGACACCCUAGACAAAGGUUUGGAAUCGAUGGCUUUUCAGCAGUCAAAUAUUCUCAACGGAGUGGAAGGCUCGUUGUCCGAUGCGGAAGAGAAACUGGACAUAUUCAACAAACGACUCGAUGGGAUUCUCGUUACGGCUGGUUCCACGCGACCUCAGCUUACCCCACGCACCUCAACGUUUAGGAAAACUCUCGUAGAGCAGCUUGUUUAUCUUGGACAAGCGAUCGAAGAUGUUGAAGGACGCAUCGGAAACCUUAUUGAACAGAAGACGAUCCUCACAACCCAAAUCCAACAGCAGAGAGAACUUAAUUGUAAAUCCGAUGCGGAGCGCGACGCCCAUAUUGCGGAUCUUACUGAACAGAUUGUGAAGUUGAGAAAGGAGCUGGAUCGUUCGAAGAAAGAGGCUAGCGAUAUGCGAGAGGAGCUCACUAUGGUCAUGGACCAGCUCGAUGCCGCUCGCCAAGAAUCGAUGAUUCGGGAACAGCGGCAAUCAAACGAUUCGUCAGCUGUAAAGGUAGAAAAGGAAGCUCGACAAAAGGCCGAACAAGCUCUGGCGCUAAAGGAGAGCCAGAUUGCCGAUUUGGAAGAAGCACGACAGGCGGUUGAACAGGAAUUAGCCUUGAAGGAAAUCGAAAUUGCUACUCUCGAGGAAACUCGGCAGAAGCUGGCACAAGAACUCGAGAAGGCUGUACAAGAUUUAGCCGCGAAAGAAGGUCAAAUUGUCAGCCUGGAAGAGUACAGACACAGAGCCAAGGCGGACCUGGACUCUGCUGAACAAGAUCAAACUGUCAAAGAUGGCCAAAUCGCCGAUCUCCAGAUUAGCCUCCAACAAUUGCAAUCCGAGAAAGACCUCGAAAUUGCAAAUGCUCGUGAAACUAUCGACGACUCCCAACAACAGCUGCGGAAGCUUCAGUCUGAAUAUUCUGAGCUUGAGAGUGAAAUGGUUCGGAUACAAACGGAGCUUACCGUUGCCCGUGCCGAGCUUGACGGUGCUUAUGGAAGCCGGGCCGAGCGCGCUGCGCAGGUUGCGGCGAACCCGGCAAUCCAAAAAGAGAUGGACGACUUGAACGAGCGUAAUAUGAGUCUUACCGAAGAGCUGGCCGCUCUCAAGACUCAGCAGACCAGCAAAAGUAACGUUGGUUCAUCUGAACUCCAGGAACGUGUGCAGGUGCUGGAAAAGGAGCUUCGUGAAACAAUUGACGACUACGAAGUGUUGACCAAAGCCAGCAUCGAGUUCGAAAAGGAGCGAGAUAAGCUCGAGAACAUAAUAGAUUCUUAUCGGGAUCGAUGUGAGACUCUCGAGAUGCAGCUGGGUGACGAACGGAUCCAGGCGUUGGGGGCCAAUGGUAUCCGACGGGGAGACGGAACGCCAACGGAGACGACGUCGAUGAUGGUGUUGAAGAAUGAAUUCAAGAAGAUGAUGCGAGAUACGAGGAUGGAAAAUCUAAAGGCCCUAAAGGCUGAACAGGAAGAACGACGCAGACUUGAGGCUCUGAUUCGAACCCUGAAGAAGGAACAGCAGGCUGCUGGCAAGUCGAACUUAAGCCAGAGCACCGUCGCGUCCUGA